UAAAGCGGAAGUGCGUCAUUGACCUAAAGGCGGAACCUUUAGCUUGUCCAAUCAGAAAUAAAAAGCUGCUGUCGUGGGCGGAGCAGCAGAAAACUUCGACGCUCGUGCGGUGAGGCAGAAGAUCGAAAUGGCGGCACCAGCAGAGAGAAUGGAGGUGUCUCAGGGGGAAAGCUCAGCCAAGCCAGCAGCUGAGGAUAUGACGUCAAAGGACUACUACUUUGACUCGUAUGCACACUUUGGCAUCCAUGAGGAGAUGCUAAAAGAUGAGGUUCGCACUUUGACCUACCGUAAUUCCAUGUUUCACAACAAGCACUUGUUUAAGGAUAAAGUAGUGCUGGAUGUGGGCAGUGGGACAGGCAUCCUCUGCAUGUUUGCUGCCAAAGCUGGAGCCAAGAAGGUUAUAGGGAUUGAGUGCAGCAGCAUCUCAGACUAUGCUGUGAAGAUUGUGAAGGCCAACAAGCUGGAUGAUGUUGUUACCAUCAUAAAGGGGAAAGUGGAGGAGGUAGAGCUGCCUGUCGAGGGGGUUGACAUCAUCAUAUCAGAGUGGAUGGGUUACUGCCUCUUUUAUGAAUCCAUGCUUAACACAGUCAUUUAUGCCAGAGACAAAUGGCUGAAACCAGAUGGACUCAUUUUCCCAGACAGAGCCACCCUGUAUGUCACUGCCAUUGAAGACAGGCAGUACAAGGACUAUAAAAUCCACUGGUGGGAGAACGUGUAUGGAUUUGACAUGUCCUGCAUCAAGGAGGUGGCAAUAAAGGAACCAUUGGUUGAUGUAGUGGAUCCCAAGCAACUAGUCAGCAGUGCCUGUCUCAUUAAGGAGGUGGACAUCUACACAGUGAAGGCAGAGGACCUGACCUUUACUUCACCGUUCUGCCUGCAGGUGAAGAGGAAUGACUACAUCCAUGCUCUGGUUACCUACUUUAAUAUUGAGUUCACCCGCUGUCACAAGAGGACCGGCUUCUCCACCAGUCCAGAGUCUCCCUACACUCACUGGAAACAGACAGUCUUCUACCUGGAUGACUACCUAACUGUGAAGACUGGUGAGGAGAUUUUUGGAACCAUCAGCAUGAAGCCAAACAUCAAGAACAACAGAGACCUGGACUUCACCGUAGACAUCGAUUUCAAGGGUCAGCUCUGUGAGAUGUCGAAGACUUCAGAGUACAGGAUGCGUUAGAGGCCCUCCCACAUCUGUCCCUCCACGUAGUAGUCUUUAGUAGAAGACACGGUAUGACUGGGAGUUCAUACAAUAGUUUGAGACUCCUUUGCAGCAACAUUUUAAAGACGUUUCUUUUUGUUAUUGUCCUGUUAAUUAACAGUAUUUAAUAAGUUCACAUCAUUGGGCACCAAGUCGUUGAUGUGGUGAUUCCUUGUCCACUUGACAAAAUAUUUGUGCCUGUUGUCUUGGAUUAUACUUUGGGUUUCUUGUCUUGCAUGUGUCAGAGCCACAUGGACACAAACAGCCCAGCAGACACACUUGCAUCUGUAUAUAGUAUUCCUGUUGGUUCUCUUGGGCCCACUGAAUAUUUCAUUAUACGCCACAGCAGCUGCUCUAAUAUUUGGAUUCAAUUGAAACUGUCAUGUGGCUCUUUUGUACUUUAAACACGUUGGAAUUGUGUACAGGUUCUUAGAAAUGCUGUGACUGAUGACAAAAGCCGUGGUCAGACUAAAAACUGCUGCAGGUUUCGGUGUGCUGCCUCACACUGCUGCCUUUAGGUUGAUGGGGGCACAACAAAGCUGGUAAUGACACAAGCACACUUCCAUGUCCCAGUGUAAGCCUGUGUUACAGAGGAACAUUGUACUGUGCAGCAUCGAGCGCUGAAGGUCAAUGUAAUGUGACACAACAGCUGCAGGAAGCCAGAACCACAUUACACUCUGCCUUAGAUGCUGAUUGGUUUUAAUCAUGUAAAUCUACUGGAACUGGCACCGAGCUCCUCCAUAAUUGUGUGAAUCCCAAAUUUGUUUCUUUUGACGUCAGUAAUAAGCCUGCUGCUUGCCUAGAGUGUGACGUGAAUAUACACUAAACAGGCACAUCCUUGGUGUAUUGUGGAUUUGGCUGCUGUGCUCUCAGCUGAUCUGUCAACAUCAGCUGUUCAUCAGCUUUGUUGAAGUCCUCCCUUGUACAUGAAACCACACUUGUGCUGAUGUACCGGCAAGUUAGUUUGACCCGCUAAGACCAAAAUCAAAAGUCUGAUCCAUGAGGACUGUUUUUUUUUUUUUUUUACGAAUGCCAUAGCUUCAUCAGUUCUAAUGUUUGUGUAGAAGAGUUGUUUAAAGCAGCAGUAA